UUAUUCAAUUUUAUCUCUCAAAUGCUAAUUAAAUCCUAUAGACAACAAAAUGUUUUGAUGAAAAUAUUACAAUAUAGUUUUAAUAUUAUAAUAUAGUGUACAGCAAACACAGCUGAAAACACAAUCCACUGGCACUGGUUUAAGAAAAAGAGAGAGAGAUCAAAACCAGAGUAUAUUUUAAUCUAAAAAAAAUGAAAUCUAAUUUACAAGGUAGGGGUGAAACAUAUGAAGACACUCAGGAUUUACACAACAGUCAAUAUCAUCAAGACUUCACAUGAAUAUCCAUGUUCUUUUGUAGAGGUCAAGCAGGAAGAAACACAGAAUUGUGUACCAUCAGAGAUUUCAGUAGAGCGCCCUCUGCUGGUGAAGAGAGGAAACGUCCACCUAUACACAGAAACAUAUUAACUUAAGUGUCAUUUAUUUCCACAGGGUGCCUCUGCAUUUAGGACUAAAAAGCCAAAUAUAAAGUGUUUGGUUUAUACAACUGGAAAAACACUGGAUUCCCACAAGCACUUCAUAGAUUGUCUUAAAAAACAAGUUCACCUGCAGGAGGUGUCUACAGAGGAUGAGUGUGAUUUCAUUCUGUGUUUCUGCCCGAUUGUGUCACAACCUAGCACUGACAUUGAAGCAGCAAUGAAAAAGCUGCACAAUAUUCCAGACACCAAGCCUGUAGUCCUGGUGGUGCUCCAUCACACGUUUAAUCCAGAGUAUGAUGUACGAGACAGCAACAGAUCUGUAAACAGAGAGAAUAUGAUCACAGUCGACUGUCUGUUCUAUGAAGAUUCUGGAUUACUGCAGUGUCAGAAGAAUAAUGAAGCACUGAACAAAACUUCACAGUAUCUGGAGAAAAAACUACAUAUAAAACUGAAAGGACAAGUGGAAGGUGAAAGGUCAGAUAAAGAGCUGGAAACCAGUACAAAUCAACUGGAGACACUGGGUCAGGAGCAGCAGGACAAGAAGAGACAACUAGAGGAGAAAACUGAGUUAUCAGAAACAAAUAAAAACCUUGAAGAGAAAGAGAGUCUUCUAACUGAGAGAGAGACACAGCUAAUAGAAAGAGACAAACAGCUUCAGGAGAAAGACGGACUUCUAGAGGAGAAAACAAAGCAGCUGCAGGAACAAACAGAUCCAGAAUCAUCAGCCCCCAUCAGGAGAAGACACAGCAAGGAAGUGUUUCCUCCAAAUAUGAGUGGAGAGACUCAGGACUCAGCACCAAUCAGGAAAAACAACAGUAUGGAGGGAAAUUGUCCAACAAGGGGUGCAUCUGCAUUAAAGACUAAAGAGCCAUAUAUAAAGUUUUGGCUUUUUGUAUCUGGAAGAACACUGAAUUCCCACAAGCACUUCAUAGAUUGUCUUAAAAAACAAGUUCCCCUGCAGGAGGUGUCUACAGAGGAUGAGUGUGAUUUCAUUCUGGGUUUCUGCCCGACUGUGUCACGAUCUGGAACUGACAUUGAAGCAGCAAUGAAAAAGCUGCACAAUAUUCCAGACACCAAACCUGUAGUCCUGGUGGUGCUCCAUCACACGUUUAAUCCAGAGUGUGUUGUACCAGACAGCAGCAGAUCUGUAAACAGAGAGAAUAUGAUCACAGUCGACUGUCUGUUCCAUGAAGAUUCUGGAUUACUGCAGUGUCAGAAGAAUAAUGACUCACUGGCUGAAACUUUACAAUAUCUGGAGAAAAAUCUACAUAUAAAACUGAUAGGACAAGUGGAAGGUGAAAGGUCAGAUAAAGAGCUGGAAACCAGUACAAAUCAACUGGAGAAACUGGGACAGGAGCUGCAGGACAAGCAGAGACAACUACAGGAGAUGAUGAUCAUAGUGGAGCAACAGAAAACUGAGUUAACAGAAAAAAGCAAAGAGCUUGAAGAGAAAGAGAGUCUUCUAACUGAGAGAGACACACAGCUAAUGGAAAGAGACAAACAGCUUCAGGAGAAAGACAGACUUCUGACAGAAAAUACACAAACACUUAUAAUAAAGGACGAGACACUGGAAGAGAAGGAGAAACAGGUCAAAGAAGUAAGAGAAGAAUUGGAAAAAACAAAGAGGAUGUUAGAAAAAAAGCAGACACAUUUGGAAAACAAAGAGAAACAACUGGAGAGUGUGGUGAAAGAACUGGAAACCAGUAAAAACAAACUAAUAGAAAAAGAUGAACAGCUUCAGGAGAAAGACAGACUUCUGACAGAAAAUACACAAACACUGCAGAUGAAAGACGAGACACUGGAAGAGAAGGAGAAACAGGUCAAAGAAGUAAGAGAAGAAUUGGAAAAAACAAAGACCGAUGAUGGAGGCAGAGAGAAAGCUCAUGAAACUCAUCCUGCCUGAACUCCAGAGAAAUAUUUUGUCCUCAAAAACAAAGAUGCAGAAGAUGUAAAGAUGUAAAGUUCGCCAAAGGAAAACGUUAUUUGUUUUUGUUUGUUGCUUUCGGAAAGAUACGUUCAAGAAAAUUUGAAAAUUCAACAUUUAAACUCAACAGAAUGAAAUAUCACACUGGCGUACUUAUUAGUUUGAAAAAGACAAACAAACGGUAAUUUGGUUUCUGAUGACAUUAAAAUAUGAAAUUUUAGAUAAUAUUUAAUCAAAUAAUUGCUUGUUAAGAGUAUUAGUAAAUAUGUAGUUAUUUAUAAAGCUUUGGUCUUUAAAUAGCAUACAUCAUAUAUGCAUGAAUCAUCUAGUACUGUUGUUUUUAAUGAUGCUUGCAUCCAAAUUGAUGAUAUAUGUUACUAAAAUACAUACUAUUCAUAUUUUCAGUGUAUCUUGUAUUCCAAAAGCAAAUCACUGCAAUAUAUAUGUGAUAAAAUCAAAUUGCGCAGAAAUAUAAUGCAUCAAAAAUAAUGUUAAAAUAAUACAUGAAUUCAUGAAUUUGAAAUACAAUAAAUAGUUAUAAGGGCAAGACAAAAGUCAAGCUAAUUCCACAAUUACAUUUGUGUUUUAAUCAGGAUUUGAGUGAGUUUCCCUAUAGUCUACCUGGUAGGGUUAAAAACAUUUUCCUCCACUCUAGCUGACCAAGUCAAACACACAGCAGAAGUCUGUGUCUUAUAAAUUAUAAAAUGCAUAUAAAAUAAACUAUAUGUAUGAGCAUGAAAAGUAAUAGCAGAACAAAAACAGUUUUUGAGAUAUUCACAUUUUAGUCAAAUUAGCCAUUGCGUCCUCUGUAAUAGUAUCAUAUGGAGAUUUACUUUUUUACUACUGGUCAUCAUGUAAAAGCGAUAUGUUGCUUAAACUAUUGUAAGACAUUGUCAAAUAAUAAAUACAAACUAAAGCCACAGUUAAAAUAUGAAGUCUAAAGGAACUAGUGUGUGCACUGGGAACAGUUUAAAGACGAUGCGUCCUUAAAAAAAACCAACUCUUCCCCCACUCUAGCUGACGUAACACACACACACACAGACACACACACACACACAGCAGCGGUCUGAAGUCCAUAUUGCAUUUAAAUCAUACAUAAAAUCAUAAAGAAUGCUUACUCAAUCACACUAAUGAGUGGGGAUCAUUUAAAAAAUUACGCACACUGAAGAAAUCACAUCAUGACCCAAAGUGUUUUAUUCUUCUUACACAACAAUUUGCACACAAUUACAUUUUUAUUAACAAAAGAAAGACACUGUAAACUAUUUCUCUCUUCACAGCUACAUUUAUUGUUGUCGUUCAUUGUCAAAACUGCUAGUUACUGUCAUUACUUAUAUUACAACAGCUUGAAGCAGUUAUUAAACUUUCUUUUCUCUCUUUAAAGGAAAAAAAACAACAAAAUUGUUACUGUGAAUGCUGAAGGUUUGAUGACGACACAGACUUUUCUGUCCAGCAAAUAUUUUUGCUUUAACUAUUUUUUGCCUGUUUUGUAUUGGUUAUUUUCAUUAGGAUCAUAAAAAUACAAUGUGGUGCCCACCCAGGAAUCACUGACUCUAAUGCUAGAGCAAAGUAUUUUGCUAGAAGAAGAGAUAAAAGAAAACAAUUACUAGUACAUGAUGUUAACAUUUUAAACCCUACUGUAUUUCUAAAACAAUGUAGGCUAAAUUAAUGAAGAAACAACAGCUGAAUGCACUAAAAUGAAUAAUGUCAUCAGAAUGGAUAUGCAAAUCAGGCAUUAAGUAAUUAAAAUGCACUCAUUUGCAUCCAUUUGACACAAGGCAUUGCAGAUGAAUAGGAUAAACAAAAUAGCUAAGGCAUAUCAUAGAAGUUCCCCAGAGUCUUUUCCCUUUGUAAUGCUAUGUUUAAAUAUGCAGAUAGAAUAAGCAAACAGACGAGGGAAGUAGGUUUAAUACAAACACCUUAAUGUGUAUUUUGGAAGUUUCCUUUUCAUUAGAGCAAAAGAAGACAUGGAAGGAAAAUAGAACAAAAUCUCAAAAUUGAAUAGUACAUGAAGUAUCCUGCCUUAAACAAUAACUUCAUAGUUUUAAACUCAGGCUCCUCAUCUAAUAACUAUCCAUUUUAUUAGUAAUGUUGUAUGCUGAUAGAUCCCUCAAAACUGAAACAACGUUAUUGUCACCAUCUGUUUGUGUGUGUGUGUGUGUGUGUGUGUGUGUGUGCGCAUGGUACAGUGUGUAAUUAUAACAAUAAUCUUUCGGCUGCUCCCUACAUGUGUGAGGGGUCACCACAGCGGACCAAGUGUGAAGCAAGAAGUUGAAAACAGAGCUCAGGGUUUUUCAUGCCUCUUUCCCAACUGCAUCCACCAUGCAGGAGAUGUUAAAAAACAACAAUAGACAGGAUAGCUUCCCUUCUACCUUCUACCUUAUUUACUGGUGGAAAUAAUAAGAACUAAGAGAUGAAGAGCUUCAGGAGAAAACACUGCUCAAACAGACAAGCGCUGAACUGGACAAAACAAUUAGGGAAUUAGAAGAUAGUAUAAGACACAGGGAGGAGAAAAGCACAACUAGAGAAUCUGAACAAAUGCUGAGGUCGAAAGAAACACAUCUGAAGAACACAGAUAAAGAGCUGGAAACCAGUAAUAAUAAACUGGAGGAGAUGAUUUUAGUGGAGCAACAGAAAACUGAGUUUGAAUCCAAAGAUCUUGGUAUGAACACUAACUAAUUUGCACUUCUGGUAGAUGCUAAGCUGCGUUUCAUUAUUGAGUGCAAUCAUCACUGUGCAGUGACAAAACUAAAGUAGUCAUUCCUUCUGUCUCUCUUUGAUUAUAACAGAAAAGUAACUUGCCCUCGUCUUUCAUCACUAGAUGGUGCUAUUGAUUCGCUUCACUAAGGUAGACUUGCUCAGUCAGUCUUUAAUAAUUCAUACCUGACCUCUCCCAUCCAACCUGUUGGGAUGAUCCCUCUGGGAUGGUCAAGCUUUUGGUAAUAAAGAAGGUGCAUUUUUCAGUGUUUCAAAAUUCCAAUCCAUUUCAUCAAAAUAUAAUUUUAUGAAAUUGAAUAAACAAAACAUGUUUUACAAGGGAAUACUAUACACAGCUUAACAAUAAUAGGACAAAUCAUCAAGAAAUAUGUACAAAGGUCGGUUACAUGUCUAAAUAAAACAUUAAAAAUACAACAGAAUUUAUGUGUAUAUGUAUAGAUAACUAGUAGUGCAUAAAUAUAUAUAAUAAUAAUAUAAUAAAUAAAUACUUGAUCUUUGUUAAGAAUAA